AUCCGCUUGGCCAACAUGACACCACGGUUUUCCUCGGCUUGGUUACCUUGUAUAUUUUUAUCCUGCUUUUCAGCCCAAACUUCACAGAACUCUCGUGUUCUCCGUGGGUCAGGACGUGUGAGAUUAAAGAGCUACAGUGGAGACAGAAGGUCUCUGGCUCUGCCUUGGGAAGGGAUUGCGCACGCUGCCCUCGGAGGGCUGCUCAGGAGCUGUGCUCUGCGCCCGUCCGGUUGCUGGUCGUUUUCUGCCCAAGGGGAGCUGCCUGGUUCUUCUGCCUCCGAGAGUCUGCAGGAAAAACUCACGGACCAGGUGAUGCAGAGUCCCCAAGUGCUGGCUGCUCUCCAGGAGCGACUUGAGAAUGUGUCCCAUACACCUUCAAGCUACAUUGAAACGUUACCCAAAGCGGUCAAAAGACGCAUCGAUGCUUUGAAACAGCUUCAGGUGAAAUGUGCUCACAUCGAGGCCAAGUUCUACGAGGAAGUGCACGAUUUGGAGCGAAAAUAUGCAGCCCUUUACCAGCCUCUCUUUGACAAGAGACGGGAUUUUGUCACUGGUGAUGUUGAACCCACAGAUGCAGAAUCGGAAUGGCCCAGCGAGAAUGAAGAGGAGGAGAGACUGGCCGGAGACCUUAAGAGCAAAGUGGUGAUUGCUGAGAAAGAAGCUUCUGCAGAUGAGCCGAACCCCAAAGGGAUCCCGGAAUUCUGGUUUACGAUCUUUAGAAAUGUGGAUAUGCUGAGCGAGUUAGUCCAGGAAUAUGAUGAACCGAUUUUGAAACACUUGCAGGAUAUUAAAGUAAAGUUUUCAGAUCCCGGACAGCCCAUGUCUUUCUCCUUAGAGUUCCACUUUGAGCCCAAUGACUACUUUACCAACUCUGUCCUGACAAAGACUUAUAAGAUGAAAUCAGAGCCAGAUACGACAGACCCCUUUUCCUUUGAAGGUCCUGAAAUAGUCGACUGUGAAGGGUGCACUAUCGAGUGGAAGAAGGGCAAGAACGUGACGGUGAAGACGAUCAAGAAGAAGCAGAAGCACAAGGGCAGAGGCACCGUGAGGACGGUCACGAAGCAAGUCCCCAAUGACUCCUUCUUUAACUUCUUCAGCCCCAUCAAAGUGUCUGGGGAUGGAGAGUCACUGGAUGAAGAUUCAGAAUUUACAUUAGCCUCAGAUUUUGAAAUUGGGCACUUCUUCCGCGAAAGGAUCGUUCCACGUGCAGUCCUUUAUUUUACUGGGGAAGCCAUAGAGGAUGAUGACAAUUUUGAAGAAGGCGAGGAAGGGGAAGAAGAGGAAUUGGAGGGUGAAGAGGAGGGAGAGGAAGAUGAUGAUGCAGAGAAUGAUCCCAAGGUGUAAUUUUUGUCUGUUUAUCAUUCAUAUCAUAGAGAGAAAGCGGCCAGCCGGCGGAGUGCAAGCAGCAGUGAUGCCUGCGGAUGCACGCCCCCUUGGGAGAGGCUGAGCCACCUUGGACGACCGGACACCUUGGGAUUCCUGGCCUGUGGCCUGGGGUGUUCACUCGCUGCAGCGCCGUCUCACUAACAACGCUUACAGUUAACUUGUUUUCAAGUGCGUGGUUUUCACUUACACUUUUUUUCUUUUUGCCUAAUUUGUACAGUGGUAACUUUGAUGCAUUUCGCAAAUAGGUUUCAGUAAAGCACCCUCUCUACCUGCCAUUGCCUGCCUGUGAGCUGGGCAGGUGCACACACGGGUGCCAGAGUGCAUUUGUAACUUGGUUAAGACAAAGAGGAGGUAGGACACAUGUGCACGCACACACGCACACACAUGCACUCCUUCACACACACACACACACACACACACACACACACACACACACACACACACACACACACACACACACACACACACACACACAUACAUCCUGCACCCUGCCCUCGCCUGCUUUAAUGGCCUCUUUAUCCCAGUCAUCUCAGAGCUGUCGAGUAGAGUAAAGCCAUGUUUGCUGGGGGGAGGGGGGAGGGCAGGGGGCUUGGGCAGGUCAUCUUCCUAUUUAUUUCCUUGUGUUUGUAUGUACUUUGAACUUGGGCUCACACUCAUUUCUGAAACCAUGUUUGUGUGACGAAAGAUCUGGUGCCUCUGUCCAGGGAAGAGGGGCUCGUGUGUUCUUCCCAGAGCAGAGACCCAGGCCCCUGUGCUGCAGAGGACGGGGGCGGGCUCGCUGGACUUGGACGUACACGGUGGCCGUUGGGGCCCUGGGUUCUCGGCCUUCUCUCAGUGCUCCGGGGUGGGCGGCUCCAUUCUGUCCCUCUGUUGGUGUGGAGGACUCCGGGUGCACCUUUCUAGUUUUUCAGCCCCUGAUACCAGUCUCCAGCCUCCAUUGAUUAGCAGCUUUAUCAACACUGUGACCAGGCGUGUAGAAUGCUCCAGCCUUACCUUAAACAGUACACAUUUGUAACUUAAUAAUAGACAGCGUUUUCAAUUUGUACAGAAUAGUUAGGAUAUUCUAUUAAAGUUGUGAAACAUGA